UCACGGGCACGGGUGCUUUGUUCGUGGUGUAGACAAGAAUCGCCCUUUCAUUAUCGCUUCUCCGCAGAAGGCAGUCAUUAUGGCUACCGUAUCAGGCAAAAAAGGCAAAAAGACGAAAAAAAAUAACAAACUGUCCCUGGGUGAGUUUCUUACCGAUGGGAACACGGCCGUACUGAACCAGGUGCAGGUAGCGGUACCGGUAAAGCUGGACUGGGGCGACGACGGUGACGACGAUGACGAUGAUCGCGUCGUCCGGACGCAGGUCAUCGCACUGCCGACGGCGCCGCGGGCGAGCCGCAUCUUGAACGACGACUCAAUACCCCAGAAUCCGCCGUACUCCAUCUAUGUCUCCAACCUACCGUACGACAUUAACGAAAAUGACCUGUACGACAUCUUCGAGAACGUGGAGAUCGUGUCGAUGACGUUGCCGCGCGACGACAGCGAAACCUGGCGGCUGCGCGGUUUCGGCAACAUCGAGUUCGCCACCCGGAACGAUCUGAUGGCGGUGCUGGCGAUGCCGGAACCGAUGGUACGCAACCGUCGCAUCCGCAUCGGGUUGAUGAACGAGAAUGAAUCGAAGCGCCGAAACAACCGGUAUGACAAUUUCUCCUCCGGCGACAGCGACCGUCCCUCGUCCGGUGGGAACUGGCGUGAUCGACCCGAGUCGGCCUCGCGCCCGAUGAUGGACCGCGACCGUGAUCGUGACGGUGGUGGUGGUAUGCGCCGCCCGUACAGUAGCGGUGGCGGUGAUCGAUACGGCCGUGACCGGGACGAUCGCGAACGUCCGUCGGCCGGUGAUUCCGGUAACAAUAACUGGCGCUCGGGUGAUCGGCCGGUGCCGCAGUCACCGCGCACUACCCGCAAUUACGAUCGCGACCGUGACAGUGGUAACGGUUUCCGCCGUGCGCCGGACGGUCGUGGUCCGCUCGGUAAUGGGGGUGGUGGUGGAGGUAUGCGCCGUGAACCGGAAGUACCGAUGGAGCGUCCGAAGUUGGUGCUGCAACCGCGCACCCUACCCCUGCCAGAGCUGCCGAAACCGCGACCAAUCGAGUCCGACGACGAAACCGACCGGAACGAGGGCAAUGCGAAGCACGAGGAGCCGGCGGUGGCAGACGAACCGCCAAAACCGAAGCCCACUCCGGUACCGGCCGCUAAAGUGUUUGGCGAUGCGAAACCGGUCGAUACGGCGGCACGCGAACGCGAGAUCGAGGAACGAUUGCAGCUGGAGGAGUUGUUGCGUCGCAAGAAGGAGGAAGCUGCCGCAGAAGAGAAGAACAAACGGGACGCGGAAAAUCAGGACACGACGACAGCAGGGGACAGUGGCGAAAAAUCGACCAGCGCACGGCCGGUCCAGGGUGGCAGUCGGAGCAGUACAGAACAGCCUCCGCCAGUUGUGAACUGGCGGGUUCGCAACGAGGAUGACAAAGGUAAAGCAGGCGAGGAACGGGUCCUUUCGCCCGCGCGGAGGUUUAGCCCUAGCGGAAGGUAUCAGAACAGUAACAGACGCACUGCUGCGGAAGAUCGCCGAACGGACAAUCGCGAUCAGCGGGAUAACCGUGGAAUGAAUCGCCCUACAUAUAGCAACGGCGUGGGUCACAAUCGCGACCAUGAUCGGAUGGAUCGUGGUGGACGUGAUCAUCGCACCCAGCCGUCCCGUGACACAUACCGCAACGGAGAAAUGAAGGACCGCCGUGAUGUUCCAAAACCGGUAGAAAAAGAGAAGGAACGGGAGCCGAAAAUAUUAGAAGAACGUAUGCCUAAAUUCCAAGAACCGACCGGACCGAAUUUACAGAUGAAGAACACUUUUGAAGGAUUGUCAGCAGAUGAAAUUGAUGACUGAAACAAUACCAAAACCACCACCACCACCA